AUGCAUGCGCACGCCAUUUUCUCCGACAUCACUUCCAUCCUCUCGAUUCCUCACAACGACCUCCCCCCUGCUGAACCCGCGCGACGUCCUCCGUCCCUCCUCCAACCACCCCAAACCAACCUGGGCCUCCCGAACCAACCCCAGCCCCAACGCCAGCACUCCCACCUCCACGCUGCCGACGCCGCCGCCGCCGCCGCCCCCUCUGUCGGGCAAAACCAGCGGCAGCAACGCGCUCGAGAAAGCCGCAGCGACAGACCACGUCUACGACGCGACGUCCGACACAUUCGACCUCUCCAAGAUGAUCGCGGACGAGUCGGCCGCCUUCAUGCGCACGCACUACACGGACCGGCCCCAGACCGAGAUGCGUCUCAAGCCCGUCCUGGGCCGCACCGUCAAAGUCACCAACAACAUGGACAUGGCCGGCGCUCUCAAGCAGCUGGAUCGCGUCUGCAAGGCCAACAGGCUGUACCGCUACACGCAGAUGCAGCGUUUCCAUGAGCGCCCCGGCCUCAAGCGCAAGCGGCUCAAGAGCGAGCGCUGGCGCGCGCGCUUCAAGGUCGGUUUUGUCGCUGCCGUCAAGAGGGUGCAGGAGCUGAAGAAGCAAGGGUGGUGAGAAUGCAUGUAGGCUUCUUGACAGUGUAGGAAUACGGGUGUUGGGUCCUCUUCUAUACGGUCAUGGAAAGACAAGGUCGGUCAUGUCAUCUGGAAAAGAAGGGGCUGCUGCGUUGUUGACCAGGACCAACCCCUGUACUGUAUCCGGUUAUGUAAAACAAUAGAGCAAACAUUCUGCGGCCUCGAGAGUCAAUGCGAUGGAUAAAAGACUGGUGUGAGAGUUUCCGACUCGUUUUCUUCGUGGUCAUGUCAUACCGGGCUUCGGUAAUCACUCGACUGUGACCGAGAGGAUUCAUGGGUGGUUCUCCCAA